AACAUAACAUCAUGUCUUAUGCACAAGGCCCCCCUUUCGUAACCACUCCUUCUAUCUGUUCUGAGCUACACCAAUUUUGCCCUGGUCUUUCAACUUUCUUCCCAACGGAUCAUGCACGGAUCUCGUUGUGAACCAACUGCAGGGAUAGACUCUAUCACCUCUGCGGCACCGACCGAGACCAAUUCGAGUCUUCAACUUAUUCAAGAUACUGGUAUAUUGUGGAAUUCAUGCCCGAAUGUCCAUGUGCUCCACGGAGCAUUGAUUACCUCUUUUGGGGUGAUCCGCUCUAAUCGAGCGCAAUCAGUAGGCACUGGCCCACCAUUCUGGCUUGCUUACUGGUUCAUCUUAGCUGUUGGUUGUACGUAUUACCUACUUCCCACUGUCUGACUCGUGUCUAUUAUUUUCGUUUGCGGUUGCGGGGAAUGUCACCCGUCCUGAACGAUCGCUGCGUCGAACGCUCGCCACCGUAGCGCAUCUUUGACUUCGAGAUCUAAGAA